CACGCGUUGAAACCAAACCGGAAUCGGAACCAAAAAAAAAAAAAGAAGUAAUAAUUAGUAACGAAGAAAAGGCUUUCGGAGGCAGCUAGGGUUCGGUCCCGUUCCUCACCGUUUCCCUCUUCCCAAGCGGCGACCGGCGAUCGGCAACAAGCGACCUUCCCGACCGGCGAGAGGAGCAUCUCAACCGGCGAUACAAGAAUCCAAGCGCGAUACCAGAUGUCUGGAGAAGAGGAAGAGAAUGCUGCGGAGCUAAAAAUUGGUGAAGAGUUUUUGAAGGCAAAGUGCCUGAUGAAUUGUGAAGUUGCACUUAUUCUUGAUCGUAAAUACGAGCAGCUUCAGCAACUAUCUGAUGAUCCUACAAACCAAAUAUCUCAGGUGUUUGAGAAGUCAAUGCAGUACGUGAAACGCUUUAGUCGCUACAAAAACCAAGAUGCUGUGAGACAAGUUAGAGAAAUCCUAAGUAGGUACCGAUUGGCUGAAUUUGAGCUUUGUGUGCUUGGCAAUCUUUGCCCAGAAACUGUUGAGGAAGCUAUUGCUAUGGUCCCAUCAAUUAAGAGCAAAGGACGGAUCCAUGAAGAUGAUGCAAUCGAGAAAAUGCUAAAUGAUCUCUCUCUGAUAAAGAAAUUUGAGUAGUGUAGUCUUGUCAUGGGGAACUUGAACUCCUACAAAAUGUCUUGUAUUGUCGCAUGUUUCAAGGGUCAUGGAGUGAUCAGUCUAUGUAUCUACUACUGGUCUGUAGAUUGAAUGAAUCCUUUGGACGAUCUUGCACAGGAAUGCAGAAUGAAUAUUAGCAUUUAGUACA